GGAAAAUUGCACGAUUGCUUGCUGCUAUCCUGCGGUAUUUUCGCGCGACUAACUUCACGCGGUGUAGUUUGAGUUUGCUAAAAACUUCAUAUAUGGGCAACGGAGGACGACAAAGACACGAAGGUUUCUCUCACAACGAUUUCGUUGAGGUAGCGUGAUGUUUUUCACAGAAACGCUUUACGUUCUACCUCGUCGCAGGCCAUGAAUUACGUUUUUUGACUGUCUUGGAAACACAGUACUGGAUUUGGCACGGGCAAAGCUGCUUCUGACUGAUCGCAGCUCGGCACCAUGGCUUUACGUCGUGGAAAACGCAACCUGAAAUUACAGGUCUCCGAGGAAGCACCUGUACCAGUGACACCCCCGAGGAAUCUAGACAAACGAACUACCAUUACAAUAGACGACAAGACAUUUGUUGUGGAGGCCGAUGACUUAGAAACACUGUGUGUUCUUGGACGUGGAGCAUAUGGGAUUGUUGAUAAAGUGCGGCAUAAACAAAGUGGUACAAUUAUGGCAGUAAAGAGAAUAACUGCAACUGUUAAUACACAAGAGCAGAAGAGAUUACUUAUGGAUUUAGAUAUUUCCAUGCGUAGCUCAGCAUGUCCCUACACAGUACAAUUUUAUGGAGCCUUGUUUCGAGAAGGAGAUGUGUGGAUAUGCAUGGAAGUAAUGGAUAUGAGCCUUGAUAAGUUUUAUACAAAAGUAUAUAAACACGGUCGUGCCAUUCCUGAAGAUAUCUUAGGAAAAGUGGCAUUUGCGGUAGUAAGUGCAUUGGAUUACCUCUAUUCACAAUUACGGGUGAUUCACAGAGAUGUUAAGCCUAGCAAUAUUUUAAUUAACCGGAAAGGUGAAGUAAAAAUAUGCGAUUUUGGUAUAUCUGGUUACCUCGUAGACUCCGUUGCUAAAACCAUUGACGCAGGAUGCAAACCAUACAUGGCUCCAGAAAGGAUAGACCCGUCGGGUAACCCGUCACAGUAUGACAUCAGAUCUGACGUCUGGUCGUUAGGAAUUUCCCUUGUUGAAUUAGCCACGGGGAAAUUUCCAUACGAGUCUUGGGGCACUCCGUUCGAACAACUGAAACAGGUGGUAAAGGACGAAGCUCCGAAGCUGCCUGCUGGAAAAUUUUCAUCCUCGUUCGAGGAAUUUAUCAAUAAAUGUCUAAUGAAGGAUUACACUGCCCGUCCAAACUAUAGUCAAUUGCUGAAACUCAACUUCAUUACGGAACACGCUCAGAAGGACACGAAUGUGGCAGAAUUCGUGGGAGAGAUUCUAGACUUACCGGACGCCGAACAGCCGGCAUAGUACACAUGCUACUUUGACAUAACUUGUAAUGUAAUUUGACUUGCUGUUCUAUUCCAUUUCGAUGGUUAUUUAAUGGCACGCAUUAUCAUAUGUAAUUUAUAUUGUCGAAUUGUUCGAUCAUUGUGUGUUGAAAUCGUAAAUGGCCGCUUGACACGUUGCGCCAGAUUUAUGUGUGGCAGUGAACGUGUUAAAUAAUUUCUUUAUCAUUGUUUUUUUUCAUUAAUGUCUAUUAACUGUUUUAUUUUUAUUAUGUAAUUAUAGUACAUACGUAUGUAUUUGUAUAAUUUGGCCUCGAAAAAUAAUAACUGCGUUCCGAUGCUCACUGCCAGUAUAAAAAAAUCUGUACUUUACGUCGCGUGUGAUAUAGAUUUCCAUUACUGGCAGUGACUAUCAUAACGCAGCCAAUUUGUAUCUAAUCCAAUUUGCAAUUUUCUUGUCAUACUGAAGGAAAUUGAUAAAAUACUACACAUAGAUAUUUUUUUUACCUGAUAGAACAGUGUAAGUUCAUAGCAUUGUGGUAACAAUAAAUAAUAGUAUCAUUAUUAUAUAUAUACAUAUACUUUCAUAGAAACAGAUUUAAAAGACCAACGAAUUUAUUAUAACAUUAAAAAUUGUACAUAGUAAUAAAAUAAUAAUCCAUAAUCAAAAUUCUAUUUUGCCUAGAAGACAGCUCCAAAAUUUAUAUUAGUCAUAUAUAAAUAGCGAUGAGAAUAAUGUUAGAAUGAUAUAUAAAAACAGAAUUUUGUAACUCUGAUGUUUGUUUUUGUGUGUGCAUAUAGUGUAGAAGAGUAACGUUUAUUGUAGAGGUGAGGGAGUCUUCUCUGGAAAAGUCGUUGACUUUUUUCUACGUAUAUAUUCUAGCCUCAUAAUGUAAUAGAAAUUGACAUCGAAUAAACGAUUAUUUGAAU